AUGACUGAUAGAAACAAACCAUCGUUACGCAUUGAUUGGUUUGACGGAACGUUAAUUGAAGACAACAAUCCAAAUAUUGCUUCGAUUUCAGAAUUCGAUAAUGAAGAAGAGGAUGGACAGCAAUCAGAAAGAAAACCUAAUUAUGUUGAGAGGAAACCUAUUGGUUUUAAACGACUCCUUGAUAUCUCAUCGUUAGAAGGCCCCAUACUUAUCUUAGAAGUCUCUCAUAGACCUGGGUUUUGGAUGCUUUUAGAUUCACAGCUUAAAGGAGACUUCAUAGUUAUAAUUGUUAAAGUUUUAGCCAAUAUCUAUAACUCUGUACAGCCUGGUGAAAAAUCUAGAAUAACAAAUCUUUUGAAAACACAGUUUGAAAGGUCUAAUUUCCUGAAUACCAUGAAAGAGUUUUUAAUAAACUUACCUAGUGUGAGAGUUGUUGAAAAAAAAAUGAAUUCUAAGCUAUGGGAUGAUGCAGAAGCAUUUUUCUCUAAUGUGGUGUAUCUAUGUGAAGGUAUAGUUAAUUAUGACACAAAUAACAUUGAACUUUUAAUUAAAAUCUGUGAAUUGUUAGAUGUAACAGAGACCAGUGCUAUUGGAGUGAAAGAAGAGCAUACAGAGACUUUCAAUGACAAGUUGUUUAUAAGAAUACACAACCUGCAUAAUAAAAUUAACAAUAUUAUUUGCAAUAAUGAUAUGAAGAGCGUCCCACAGUCAUCCAAUAUCCUAAAUGAAGAUUCUAGAAGUUUCAGAAAGCUUUCUAUAUAUCCAUCUAGAGAUGACUUACUUGGAAAUAUUGAAUUAUUAAUUCAACCGAACAUUAUAGUUGUUUCGUUUCAAAACCCAGUCUCUAAGAAUGUGUUUUCUAAACCUUACCUUAUGGUGGAGAGUGAAGUGUUUUUUGAGCCAUAUCACAGGGUAUUAAGAGUUCUGCAGAGUUUUAAAGAUAAUGAUAUGCCGAUGCAGAAAUACAUUGUUAAUGUUCAAAAUGAAACUCAACCACCAUCAUACUUACAGAAAGAUACUGUUUAUAGCAUCAUUGAAAAUAACACUUUAAAAGAGCUGUCUUUUGAUGUUCUCAGUUCAGAUAAUUGGCCUCAAAGUAUCUCCUUCGGCCUGGAUGAUUCCCAAAUGGAAGCUUACAAAUUAGCGCUCACCAGAGAAUUUGCUGUGAUACAAGGUCCUCCAGGUACAGGCAAAACUUUUAUAGGGGUGAAAAUCGCAUCAACUCUACUAAGAAAUCUGUCAUUACAAGGUACUCCAAUGUUGAUCAUCUGUUACACAAACCAUGCUCUUGAUAAAUUUUUGGAAGGUAUACUUAAUGUAACUACGAACAUAGUUCGUUUAGGGAGUCAAAGUAAGAGCAAAACUUUAGAGUCCUACACUUUAAAUAAUCUAAGAUAUCAAGUGAAAUCUAAAUUUUCACAUUUGUAUGCCAAGAAGAGAUCUGAAUUAGAGAAAAUAUAUAAAGAAAUGACAGAUUUACAAACUGAAAUUGAAAAAUGUGAAAAAGAGAUUUUAUGCUAUGAAACAAUCAAACCUUAUCUUAAAAUUAAUGACAAAUUAUAUGAACUGAAGAAUUAUGAUGAAGAUCCUAUAUUGAGUUGGCUUUUUAAUGAUGUUAAGGAAUCUAAAGAGGCUGCUGUGGAUAAUUUAGACGAUUGGGAUAAACAAUUUGAUGAUAUAAGUAUGAACGAUAUUAAAAUUGAAACUUGUUUCUCUGAGGAAUGGGCAUUAAAAGAAAUAGAUUCAAUGAUGAAUAGUAUUCAAUAUGUGAAAGAUAUUACUGAUGACCACUCGGAAGCACAAAAGAUAACUGAUCAAUUUGAAAUGAAAAUAAAUGGAUUUCGCAAAAGAAUCAAUUGUUUUAAGAAAUACAUUUCUUUGGGCCAAAACGAAGUACCUGUAAUUAUACCAGGAGAAGCAGCUGACUUGUACAGCCUAACAUUGGAACAAAGAUGGGCACUUUAUUAUCAGUGCGUUGGAACAAUCAAGAAGGAACUUAUGACAAAAAUGAACAACCUAUUGGUAUGGUGGACCGACAAUCUCGUGAAGGUCGCGGGAAACCGCUGGAUGCGAGGGCGCAGGACCGAUCACGUUGGAGAUCAUUGGGGGAGGCCUAUGCCCAGCAGUGAGCGUCUCUCGGAACAACACAAUGUGUGUAAUAAAGAGUUGGAUGAGAUAUCAACAUUAAUAGACUGUGACGUCAUGAGGAACGUGAGGGUAGUCGGCGUCACCACCACUACGGCGGCGAGACGGCACGACCUAAUGCGGCAACUGCUCUCCCCUAUAGUGAUAGUCGAAGAAGCAGCAGAAGUAUUAGAAGCUCAUAUUGUCGCGUCUCUUACGCGUCAUUGUCAACAUUUAAUAUUAAUUGGUGAUCACAAGCAACUCAAACCGAAUGCAGCCCAAUACAAACUGGCAAAACACUACAAUCUAGAGAUAUCUCUAUUCGAAAGGAUGAUACGUAACGGUGUCCACGCCAAAACGUUGACCACCCAACGCAGAAUGAGACCGGACUUCGUAGAUUUACUUGUUCCGACAAUUUAUGAGAAGCUUGAUUGUCACCCUAACGUGUACGAAUACCCUGAUGUCAGGGGGAUGCAGGAUAAUUUGUAUUUUUACACGCAUGAUGUGUUCGAGGACUCUGAGGGUUUAGAAGAUAGUUGGAGUCACAAAAACAGUGUGGAAGCAAAAUGGUGUGUUGCGCUAGCUGAUUAUUUACGACAAAUGAAAUAUAAUUCUGACGAGAUAACCAUACUAUCCACUUACACGGGUCAAGUUGCACUGAUCAAAGAGUUCAGCAAAAAGUAUCCUAAAUUACGAGACGUGAAAAUGACAGCCGUCGACAGUUACCAAGGAAAAGAGAAUAGAAUAAUUAUAUUGUCACUUGUGAGAAGUAAUAAAGAUAUCAGCAUUGGCUUUUUAUCAGCGGCCAAUCGAAUCUGCGUGGCUCUAUCUCGAGCGAAAGAAGGUUUUUAUAUAUUCGGCAACAUGAACGUCCUGAAAUCUGCCAGUAACAUUUGGAAGCUUAUCAACGAUAAAUUGGUGGCAAAGAAUGCCAUUGGGAACAUAAUAACGUUACGUUGUGACACGCAUAAAUUCAAUACUUUAAAGACUCAGAAUCAUUACUGUCGCUGCUGGAACCAAUGUUUUAGUACUGUAACGUCCAAGCACAUUACUAUAGGUAGGGUUUACUCUUCGGACGGUUUAUGGUCAAGUGCUGGCCGUUAA